AUGCCGCCGAAACCAACGACCCGAGGGCGGGGCCGCGACCGCGGCGGCGCCACCGUCCCAGUUACAACGACGGCGGCGGCGGCGACGACGACGACGACGACCUCCUCAGAAUCAACCGACGCUGCCUCUUUUGAAACCCAUGCUACUGCAUCCGAACCAGCCCCCUCUACCUCGGCCCCGACGACGACCACAGCAACAACCGUAGUCGCAUCCUCCUCCGCCACCCGACCCCCCACCACCAUUACCAGCACAACCGCUGCCAUGGCUUCUUCUUCUUCCUCCUCGACCGGCCGCGGUACCUCCAGCAGCAAAUUCAAGCCCAAGGCCGUGCGCCGUAGCGAGACGGAGCGUGCCAGGCUCGCCGAAGAACAGGCGCGCAUUCAGGAGCAGCGCAAUGCCGAAGAGGCGAGACGACUGGCCCGCCUUGCGCGGGGUCGGGGACGCGGUCGUGGACGGGGACGGGGUGGGUUGAGAGGAGGGUUGAGAAGUACCGCUGCUGCAGGGCCGCUCGCGGCGGGGAUGAGUUUUGGAGGAGGUGGUGGCUCAUCCAGCACAGGCGGGUAUGCCUUCGCGUCUGGGUCGGGCUCUGGCGGGGGCUACAUCAAGCGCGAGGGUGACUCAAAGGAUGGAUACGGCACGUCCAGCCUCAUCGAAGGCAACAGGAUCAACGCCGACCGGCUGUACAACUACGUGGAGAUCUCCGAGGACGAGGACAACGCCUCGGUCACAUCGACCAAAAAGAAGAAGAAGCCCAUCUUGCCCAUGGGCGUGCGCCGCAUCGAACACAAAGAAGAGCAAGUCACUUUGACCACAGCCGCCGAGAUCGAAGCGCAAGACAACGCCGGCGGAGAAGUCUCCGAAUCCUCCGAUGAAGAAGGCCUUUUCGUGGGCGGUCCCUCCGGUGAAGAACUGAUUAGUGGUAGUGGUAGUGGUGGUGGUGGUGGUGGUAGUGGUGGCGACGACAUCAAAAUCAAAAAAGAACCCGGCGACGCUGAUGCAAUGGACAUGGACGCCAUCCCCGAGGGCAUCAAGGCCCCCGACUCGCCCGAGCUUAAGAAGAAGGCGCUUGUCGGCGAGCAGAAACCUAAGAAGAAGUCUGCCGCCGGGCUGAGGGAUCCCGAAGCCGAAGCUCUGGCUGAGGAUCUGCAGCGCAACCUCGAUCUGUUUACCAUCUCAGGCGAUGAUGUCGCUGCUACCGAAGAGGGCGGUGCAAUUAACCCUUCGCUGGAAGGACACAUGUUCCUAUUCCAGUUCCCGCGUGUGCUACCCCCUCUCAAGGCGGUCUCCCGCGCAGGGAAGGUCAAGUCCGAGCCGAAUGAUGACGAUGUUGUGAUGCUGAACCAAACACCCGCGCACAUCGAUCUCACCCAAGAAAACCCCAGCGACAAGACCAAAGUCAAGAAAGAGAAUCCCGACGACGUUGAAAAUGCGGAGGAAGACGACUCCGAAGGCGACGAGCUCCACCAGGGAGGCUACCUAGGCGACUUGAUUGUGCGCAAGUCCGGCCGCGUGGAGCUCUCCUGGGGCGGCAUGAAGCUGGAGAUGAUGCCAGGCACACAGGCCAGCUUUUUGUCUACUGUUGUGCUCAUCGAGGAGGCGGAUAUCAAGCCCGAUGGCGAGGGUCAAGCACAGGCGCCGACACAGUCGGGCCAGAUGGGUGGUGUUGCUUAUGGAAUGGGCAAGAUUCAGGGCAGCUUCGCGCUUGCGCCUGCGUGGGGAGAGGAGGAGGAGUGGAUUGUGACGGAGGAAGAGUUGGAGGGGUAUGGGGUUUAA